AUGAGCAAUAGACGUAGAUCAUCGCUGUUCAAUCGUUGGAAACAACAAAAUAGAAAUGAGCAAUUUGAAGGUAUAACAGAGGAAGAAAUGGUUGAAUAUAAAGAAGCAUUUCAUCUUUUUGAUAAAGAUGGAAAUGGAUCAAUAUCAUCAAAAGAACUUGGCGUUGCAAUGCGAUCACUCGGACAAAAUCCAACUGAACAGGAAUUACUGGAUAUGGUCAAUGAGGUGGACAUUGAUGGUAGUGGUACAAUUGAUUUUCCGGAAUUUUGUCAAAUGAUGAAACGAAUGAGUAAGGAGAAUGAUAGUGAAAUGAUACGUGAAGCAUUUCGAGUAUUCGAUCGUGAUGGUAAUGGAUAUAUUACGGCUGAAGAAUUUCGAUACUUUAUGACUCAUAUGGGUGAACAAUUUAGUGAUCAGGAAGUAGACGAAAUUAUGGCUGAAGUUGAUAUUGAUGGUGAUGGACAGAUUAAUUAUGAAGAAUUCGUGAAAAUGAUGACAGCUUAG